CGGCUCUGAACCAUUAACAUUUUAUAACAAUAUGACAGUAUAAAAUACUGUUUUGUUUUUUAUUGUUUCUAGACCACAGUAAAAGCAAAUUCCCAUAUGUUUUGUUACCAUUUGUCACAACACUGGUGUACAUCAUGAUUAAUGACGUCAGUGUAAAUCCGUCUCAGCGGUUGUCGAAGCCGCUAACGUCAAACAACUUCAGCUAAAACACGGUUCGGUGUUGUUUCUCCUGGAAAAAAGCAGUACACCCGACCCAUAGAGCUGUGAUUGCUGCCAACGUAUCUGAGCGCCUAGACCUCCAGCCAGUAUGUCCAGUGACCCUCCCCCUCCGUACCCCGGAGGUCCCAGUGCCCCUCCCAUUGAGGAAAAGAAUGGACAACCAGAAAUAGUGAGAACUACUCAGCCACAAGGACAGCCCUUACUUCCAAAUUAUGGCCCUCCCCCCUAUGAAGGUCCACAUCCAGGCUUCCUACCUCCACAUGUCCCAGGAGAAGGACCUAUGGCUAUGCCUCCACCAAUGCAAGGUUUCGCCUAUCCACCACCUCCAGGUCACUUUGCUCAUCCAAUGCCUCUACCAAUACAAGGUAGCCCAUUCCCACCACCGCCAGGUCACUUCGCUCAGCCAAUGCCUGGACAGAUGGGUCCUGGUCCCAGUCACUUUGUCCACAUGGGAGGUCACACAGCGACCGUCCUGGCUCCUCCGGGGGCAGCCACCACAGUGACAGUACUGCAAGGCGAAAUGUUUCAGACCUCACCGGUGCAGACCGUGUGUCCGCACUGUCAGCAGGCGAUCAUCACUCACAUCUCUCAUGAUGUCGGGCUGAUGAACACACUCUUCUGCCUCUUCUGUUUCUUUGUAGGAUGUGAUCUCGGCUGCUGCUUGAUUCCCUGUCUGAUUGAUGACCUCAAGGAUGUGACACACACCUGCCCUAACUGUAAGGGCUACAUCUACACAUACAAACGCAUCUGUUAACCACCGACAGCUUUUUGCCAGAGAACCAUGUACAUGAAAACACUCACAGCUCCCCCUGCUGGUGGUGAUAGCAGACCCCACUACCAACCCAUUUUUGCAUACUGUUGUCGAUGUCUUAUAUCAUAAGUGAAGUUUUCUCAUAAGCUCACCAGAUAUCUACUGUGAAUAUCUUUCGCAUUCUUCAGAAUUUGAAAUGUACAAAACUUAUAAACUGCAAAUGAUGAAGGGCGCUAAAAGAACUAAGAACUGACAGGCUGCAGUCGUGCAGAAACAGCUGGGAGCCUAGACGUUUUAGUCUUUUGCAUGUCAACGUGAAGGAAAAAAGAAAGGUAACAUUUAGAAAAUGUGUACUUUAUUUGAGUUCAUUUGAAAAUGUUAUGAGUUUUUGUGUUGGUUUUUCUUUUGGGUCUCAUCUUAGAAAAGUCAUCCAUGUAAGUUCUUGUCUCUGGAUCAUCUUUAAACUGAUGCAUUUAUGGUACAAGCUGUAUUUAUUUUUGUAAAGUCACAAUGACUCAGUGACUUGCUGCUACUAGCUCUCUGUCCAUGAUGUGUUUAGUUUUGAUAAAUUUAACUUUUGCACUUUUAUUUUAAAUCCUCUGUUGGCCCCUUUUGUUAUUGCGAAUAUAUGAUAAUGAAUAAAAGCAACGUUGUUUGGCUUUUAGCUGAGUAAAUCGGACUGUACAUGCAGUGAAAACAUGUUAAUAUUUAUUUUGUCACUGAUAAAAGAACUGCAUGAUAUCUUAUUAAUGUUUAAGGAGUAUACUUUGACAGACUGAUGCACUUCUACAGAUUGUAGAUUCAAACUUACAACUCUUCAAGUAGGACAUAUAAAAAAAAAACUGCAAAAAUCAACCUUGGCACCAGUUCUUUAAGACUACUUGCAUUGCCUAAAUGCAUGUUAGAUACAUUUAUUAAGCUUCAAUUAAAAUAUAAAAAAUAGAAUUACUGGAGAUCAACUUUUAUUCCACUGAAUUGUCUGCUGCUAGUGAAUGAUCAGUGUACCGUCACUGCAUGUCCAAUUGUUUGUUCAUUCAUCUUUGUACCGAGAACCAAGCGGUUUGACAGUCAUUAAUAGAAAACCUGAGCCUUGAAACUUCCUAAAACUGCACUCUUACAAUCUUUACCUCCCUAAACGGAGAGAGUCCUUCCGGAUGUUAACCAGACUACUCAAGGUUUUCACAGGUUCAUGGGGUGCAGGUGUCACAUACGGAAACUAGAAAAAUAACAGCACUAUCAAUUAUAUUUAAGUCAAAUGACAAUUACUAAAACCUGAAAAAGACAAAAUACUAAAAUCAGAUCAAGAAAUAUCACAUUUUUACCUGUACUGUCUUAUUGCAUUUUAGAAAUAAAUCCCAGUAACUUUUAUCUAUUUAUUAUUUACAAAGCAAAAGUAUCUAAAGGUACUUCAGUAACAAAACACAAGAGAGGGAGUCGAGUGGCUGAGUUUAAAAGCAAUCUCAGAUCCUUGGGUAUUAUUUGCUGAGAUGUAUUUGUAAAGAAACCAAGAUCACAACAGAAAGAAAGAUGAAAGUCGUAGCAUCAGAUUGUAACUACGUUUACACAACCAUCAAAUAAUACGGAUCAUUCUUUGCACUUUUACAAAGUAAACUUGCCAAUUCCUUUCAAUCUUAAAUUUGAAACAAUUUAAAUGAUUUUAAUGUAGGCCAUCUAUGCUGAAACCAUCAAAUUAAAUGCAAAAAUAUUUUCAUUCUCAAUCAACGGAUCUAAACAGUUUAGACCUAUGGUCCAUUUUAGAAUUCAAGCAUAAAUGGGAAGACCCUGACAAUUUUGAGGGCCCUAAACCGCAGCUUAGUUUGUUUAAGCCUUGGGCCGGCUCUGAACCACUAACAUUUUAUAACAAUAUUACAGUAUAAAAUACCAAUAGAUACAAUGGUGGAUUUAUUUAUCUUGGCUCCCACUCUUCAUUCGGCUUGUUAAUCUUUCACAACAAAUACAAAAAUACUGACGUUUAUUUGACUUGCAGUUUGCCUUAAUGACCACAAGAGAGCAGCAAAAAGACUUAGAUGCUGAUUGACCUCAGGUAGCUCUGCGGUUCUACUAAAAAGGGUGAAUACACAUUAUUACAAUUUGUAAAAAAAAAAAAAGUAUAUAUAUUAAAAUGCAGACAUUAGUAAUGCUGGCAACCUGUUUAAUUUCUGAGACUAUAAAUAUAUAAGCGCUUGGACAACUUCA